AUCGCGCGGAGCGACCUCGUGCGGGGGAAGUACGAGGGCGGCUUCAAGCUCUGGGAGUGCUCGCUCGACCUCGCCAGGCAUCUCUUAAAGCGCGCGAACGCGCCCGACGGCCCGAGGCUCCACGGCGCGGACGUCCUGGAGCUCGGAUGCGGACACGGCGUGCCGGGCAUCGUCGCCGCCAUCAUGGGCGCGCGGCGGGUGACGCUGUGCGAUUACAAUCCCGAGGUGAUCCGCGCGCUGGCCAUUCCCAACGUCCGCGCAAACUUCGUCGACGACGAAAAAGAAGUGCGGGAUCGGUUCGCGUACGUGGGCGGCGACUGGGGGGACCUGGACGCGUUCGUGCCCGCCCAGAGCGCGGACGUGGUGCUCGCGGCGGAGACCAUCUACUCCACGGCGUCCUACGCGAGGCACGUGCGCUUGCUUCGAAGGGCGAUGCGGAAACCGGACGGCGUCGCGUUGGUCGCCGCGAAGAGGUAUUACUUCGGCGUGGGCGGCGGGACGGACGCGUUCGGGGCGGCGAUAACGAACGCGCACCCGGACAUGGAGGUGGAGACGGUGGAGACGUUCUCGGACGGCGCGAGUAACGUGCGGGAGAUACUCAGGGUGCGGUUCAGG